CACACGUGAGAGCGUGCCGGAUGCCACCCUAGACUCUCUCCCUCUCUCUCAGAGGCAAACCGAGCUCUCUAUUUCGGAACUGGAAGUGAGAUUCUGCAGCCGCUCCCUCCUCUUCUCCCUUUCUCUCUCGCUCAGAAGUUCCAAGUUCUGAACUUGAAGCAUUUUUGAAGUCGUGGGACAUGACUAAGAGAAAGAACCCUCUCGUCUUCUUAGAUGUGUCUAUUGAUGGGGAUCCUGUGGAGAGAAUUGUUAUCGAGCUCUUUGCUGACACUGUUCCCAGGACGGCAGAAAAUUUCCGAUCACUCUGUACAGGAGAGAAAGGAGCGGGGAAAACUACUGGCAAGCCUCUGCACUACAAAGGAUCGUACUUUCAUCGAAUUAUUAAAGGGUUCAUGGCUCAAGGUGGUGAUUUUUCAAAUGGAAAUGGCACUGGUGGAGAAAGUAUAUAUGGGGGGAAGUUUGCUGAUGAGAAUUUCAAACUAGCACAUGAUGGACCUGGUCUUCUCUCUAUGGCAAAUGGUGGGCCAAAUACCAAUGGGUCCCAGUUCUUCAUACUAUUCAAGCGCCAACCUCACCUUGAUGGGAAGCAUGUUGUAUUUGGGAAGGUUACAAGGGGAAUGGAAGUUGUGAAGAAACUUGAACAGGUAGGAAGUGCUGAUGGAAAACCCCUCCAACCAGUGAAAAUUGUGGAUUGCGGCGAGACUUCUGAAAGAAGAAUUCAAGAUGCUGCUGUGGAGGAAAAAAGUAAAUCUGCAACACUAGAAGCGAGAAAGAAACGAUCUGCAAGAGAUUCCUCCUCUGAAUCCCAAGGAAGAAGACGACAGAGAAAAUCCCACAAGGAGAGAACAAGGAAACGGAGGAGAUACUCUUCAUCUGAUUCAUACAGCUCUGAGAGCUCUGACAGCGAUUCUGAAUCUUAUUCCUCAGACACAGAGUCGGAAUCCGAAUCGCAUUCUGAGUCAUCGGUAUCUGAUUCAAGCUCGAGUGACGGAAGGCGCAGGAAAAGGAGGUCAGCAAAAAGAGAAAAACUUCGUCGGCAAAGAGGGAAGGAUAGUCGUGGGGAACGAAAGAGUGCCGGAUAUGACAAACGAUCAAGGCGCAAAUCCAAACGGAGUUCAGAUAGUUCAAGUGAUUCAGAAAGUGAAAGUUCUAGCGGUAGGAAGGGUAGAGAUGACAAGAAGAAAUCUUCUCGACGUGACUCUGCUCGAAAUAUUAGCAAUUCAAAAGAUGCCGAAGCAAAUUCUCCUGAAAAUUUAGAACCACCAAGGAAUCGUGAAAUCAAGAAAGUUGAGGACAAUUCGUCACAUGAAGAAGGUGAAUUUUCGCCAAAGAAUGAUGUUCAGCAUAAUGGGCAUGGUACUGAUGCAAUAUUUGGUAAAUAUGAUGAUCAACGUCCCCGUUCAGAUGGUUCAAAGAAGUCCAGCGGAAGCAUGAGGGACAGCCCCAAAAGGUUGGCCAACAACCUCCCUGAGGGAAGUCCAUCGAGCAGUCCUGUGCGUAAAGCCUCUGAACCUUCUUCCUCUAUUCGUGCCCGCAAUCCAUCGAGAAGCCCUCCGCCAGAUGGUAAUUCGAAGCGCAUUAGAAAGGGCCGUGGCUUCACAGAACGUUUCUCCUAUGCCCGUCGAUAUCGUACCCCAUCUCCAGAAGAUUCAACUUAUAGGCCCAACCAUUAUGGUAGAAGAAACUUUAAUGACAGGAGGAAUGAUAGGUAUUCAAAUUACAGAAGUUAUUCUAAGCGCUCACCACAGAGAAGAUAUAGAAGCCCCCCAAGAGGCAGGAGCCCUCCAAGAUACCAACGAAAAAGAAGUCGAAGCAGGAGUAGAUCUCGCAGCCCGGGUGGUAAUAAAGGCCGCUACCGGGGUCGGGACCAGAGCAGGAGCAGGAGUCGGAGCAGGAGUCGGAGCCCAAUGCGUGGUUCCAGUCCAGCGGAUAAGCGAUUGCCACUGAGCGAGAGGUUGAAAUCGCGACUUGGGACCAGAGUCGAUGAGCAUUCUCCACGCAGAAGAAGCUCCUCCUCAAGAAGCCACGAUUCCUCGGGAUCUAGAUCCCCUGAUGCAGUGCCAGACAAGCGCGAGGGCAAAGCUGCCCCUGUAUCUCCUGUAAGGUCUCGAUCCAGCUCCCCUUCUGGGAGGGGGUUGGUCUCCUAUGGCGACGCCAGUCCUGAUUCUGGGAUCAACUAAAGGGUUCUCCACUUUUUGCCAUCAUCACUCUCGGCAGAGAGAUUUGAUGAUCUGUGGAGUACCUGCACCCAACGUGUUGAGUCCGGUGGACUCGCAUGAUGUCUGCAACUGUUGGAAUGAACCGAGAGUGGCUGGGGCUGGCCUCACUCGUUCAAUAUUAUGUACUUGGUAAAUGAAAACUUAACGAACAUAGCUGCUUGAUUUUUAGGAAGCCAUCUUUCUGAGAAUUUCCUGAAACUAUGGCCCUCUCAUUUGCAUCUUAUAAAACUUCAGUAGACUUGGAUUGCUGCUGGUGAUUUGGGUAUGUUCCAAUUUGCCAUGACUGAAUGGAUUUUAUCUACUUCUAGGGUAA